AUUUGAAUCACUAAUUGAAAGAGAAUGGUUACAAGCUGGUUAUCCUUUUGAGACACGGCAUAGAAGUGGAUGCUAUAAUGCAGCUCGCACAAAGCAAACCUCAUCUUCAUCUUCAAAGACUAUACAUCAUGGAUCUGGCGCUACAUUUUUAUUAUUUAUUGAUUGCACAUGGCAAAUACAUAAUCAGUUUCCUUGUUGCUUUCAGUUUUCAACAAAAUUUUUAAUGUCAAUUGUUGAUCAUGCUUAUUGUUCAGAUUUUAGUACUUUUUUUGGAAAUUGUGAAGCUGAUAGAAAAAUAAAUAGAUAUAGUAGUUCAAAUUUAUGGUCUUAUUUUGAUAAAAAAAAAAGUGAAAUUACAAAUUCGUUGUAUUUACCAAACAACAAUGUUUUGUGGCCUUCAGUAGCUCCUUUUAGUAUUGAAUUAUGGAGAGAAAUGUAUCUACGAUGGUCUAUUGAUCAAAAUCACCAAAAUUUGUAUCAAGAAGCUAUUAGUAAUUUAAUGAGAUGUAAUAGAGAUUUGAAAGAAUUAGCUACAAAACUACGCAAUGAGGCUCAAGAGUCUGAAAACAAGUUUAUUUAGAACAUACUUUUAUACCAUUUAUUAAUCUUAAUCAAUUAUUUUUAUCUUGUAUACUUUAUUCUGUUUUUUGUUUUUAAAUGAAAUCAAAAUUAAAUUAUUUAUCUUAAAAAUUGCUA